UAAUGAUAAAUGCGGUUCAAAUUUUGAUUAGAAGAAGAGACAGCUCUCUCUGCUGUGCCUGCGUGAAAUUCUACACCAUGUGUGAUGGUGAUGCCAGCAGCGCAGUUGUUCGAUUUGAACCCCUUCAUGAGCGCUGGGACUUGGUGGAAGUGUGUGCAAAGCUACUAAAUGCCCAGUGGCAACGCAGCAUGGAAGAGCGAAUACACCUUCUCCGCCAAUCGAGUCACAACUAUCCUGUGUGUCUCCUCCUACUUAAAGGGAAGAGGGGGAGUCAAGAUGAGAAGCUAAUCGGCCACACUCGUUUGUUACGCGUACCGGAAAGCCGUAGCAUGUUGCUGGAGGCUGUUGUGGUGUGUAGCACCCUACGGGGGAUGGGAUACGGGCGUGUCCUGAUGGAAGGUGUAGAACGAUAUGCCAGGGGGCGGGGCUGCACCCGAUUGUGCCUGAGUACCCAUUAUAAGCAACACUUCUACGCUCAUCUGGGGUUUGUGCUGUCCAAGCCGGUCCUAAGCGUUGGAUCACUGGCCUCCUCCAUGCCUAAAGAGAUGCUACAGAAGUUCUGUAGGACAGGAGAGAAUGAGGAGAAAGAAGAGAAGGAGCAAGAGAGGAAGAGUGCUAAAGUUUCCUGGAAGUCAUUACGCAUUUGUACACCACCACCACCACCUCCUCUCCCUAAAAUCUUCUGUCCUCCUCCACCCCCACUUCCUCCUAACUCCACUUCUUCUCCUCCACCACCUCCGUCUCUUUCUCCCACGUUUGUUAACCAGACUCUGGAACAAACGCCAUACACAGACAACAUAGGUCUGCCCAUCUUCUGGAUGCACAAGGACAUUUGAGACUGAUACACGUACCUUAAAAACAAAAUUAUUAUUGGGGGAUACACAAACAGUGUUUAAUGGAAGAUUGAAUUUGCACUAUAUCGGACGUUUGAUGUUUUCAUGAGCUUCAAUACCACAAUGUAUGGUUAUACACAGUAAAAAAAUAAAGUAUGAGACUAUGCACUAAAAAUAUAGGACACCAAGGCACUCUUCUUAAUAAUAAAACUGAUUAAUAAAGGUGCUAGUUCAUAAUGGAACUUAAAAUAUACCUAUAUGUAUAUAUAAUAUAAAAUGCGGUUUUAUUAUUAAGAAGAGUGCCUUGGUGUCCUAUUGUUGUUUUUGAUAUUUUGCUUAUUUACCAAAAAGCACCUUUGAUUUAUAUACACUUUUUUGACAUUCUGGAUACUGUUUUGAACGCCAUAGCCCACCAGCCCCUUCUUUGUGGGUGAUUGUUUUUGCACUGAAAAUAUACUUGAAUACCAACAAGUACCAAUUAAAUGUAUAGUUCUACGUAAUUUAUCCCUUAGUGCACUUGAAAAAAGUAUACUUAAACAAGUAAUAGAUUUUAAUAUGAAUGGUAUCUGAAAAUAGCACAGUUGAGUACACUUAGAUGUUCUUGGGGUGGUUUCCCCCAGACAGGGCUGAGGCCUAGUCCCAGACUACUUUAAAGCAACACUAUGUAUUUUCCAUGUAAAAAUGACUUACAGCUCCCCCAUGUGGUUGAAAAGCGCAACAGUGCCUGGUAUCAGACACUCUUCUGCAGGCAGGGGGAGGGGCGGGGCUGUGUUUCCUACCCUCCACCGCCACUUUCAGAGUGUGCUUGUAGCAGCUAGGAGGCUGCUCAGGUUGCAGCAACAUUACAAUUUGUCCAGUUAAAAGUUGUUCUAUCACUGAAAUAAUUUUAGAGAAAUUACUUAAAGGUAAAAAAACUACAUAGUGUUGCUUUAAAUGUUAGUAUUGUCUUGAUCGAAAACAACUUGCUCUGAAAUCUUAAAAUAUAUCUGUGCCAGUGUUGUGUCUCAAGAUGCACACCAGUAAUGUUUAUUUAUAAAUUAUGCUUUUAAAAAUGACUUAAAUAUCCGCAUUUAACUAAGGCCUAGUCCCUGUCUAGGAAACCACCCCCUUAAGUUUAUCUUAAGAAGCACUAAAUACAAUUUUUUUUGUAUUAAGUAUAAAAUUAGUGCAUGAAAAUAGUAUAUUUACUAAGCAUAUUUUUAUUAAUAAAGUGUUCUUUUAUUUUCAUUUAGGAUUGAAGUUAGUUAUUGUUUGUUGGUUAUCACCACU